AUGCUCGCGAUCGAGGUCGACGGCGUUACAUCGGUCGAUCCCAUUGGUGACGAUGCCAACCAGCUCUCCUGGCAGAACACUCACCGUCGUGAUGCCAAGCUUCUGCUCACCGUCAUGGACUCGAACGGGAGCACAGCGGGGUUUCCCGCGCAGUUCUUCAACGUCAUCGCUGCGUCUGCCGGGGGCGACACUUCCUGCCUCAUCCCGGCCCCGACGUCCUCAACGCCUGUCAUCACGACGAACGUCACGCAGAAUUUGCAAACCUGCCAACCGUGGGGGCUGAGCAUCACGGGUGGCACCAAGCCGUACAAUGUAACACUCGGGCAGCUCAGCGCCCCUGUGAUCACGAACGUCACGAUGGGCCCGGAGGACGACGUGUUCACGUACAUUAACCGCGCCUCGCCGAACCAGCCGCUGAUUGCUGCUGUCGUAGACGCGACCGGUCAGUGGGGUGUCUCUACCGUUGCAGUCACCACAAGCGGAUCCACAGAUGCAGACUGCCCUGGGCUGAAUUCAGUUUCCAACACGAAGGAACAAGUUGCGGCGCAAGAAGCCGCUGCAGCCGCCGCUGCACAGAACGCUGCAAACAAGGCCCACGCGACGACUAUCGCGCUUGCGAUCGUAUUCGGCGUGAUACUUCCUAUACUGAUCGUCGCCGGUGUGGGGUUCUGGUGGUGGCGGCGCCGCAAGCGGCUCAUGACACACGGCAGGGCAUCUGGACGUCAAAAUACGAAGCCCUCGCCGUACGACCCGGAGCAGCAGAACGAUGGCGCCGGGCGGCCGAGCCUGAACCUGGACAUGUCGCAAGUCCACAGUCACGGCGCGUUGCGGGUCAACAGCGAGGCCCGUCCUUCGGCGACGUGGGCCGUCGACUCUACCGACGACAUCGAGCCCCCGCUCCGCCAGACGGACAGCCCGACGUCGAUGGACAUGUCGACCACGGAGCUCCGACAAACCAUCCCGACUCCAUAUCUCACGCCCACAACGAUCGCGCGGCCUGCACCAACAAUCAGGAGCCCGCGAUCGCCCCCAGACCUCGCGGGCCCGGGCGCGCUCAUGACGUCGAAUUCAACGUCGCCCGCCGCGACGCUCACUGCCGAGGCGCGGUACCGCAAAGCGCUCGAGGCGCACGCGGGCGCGCAGGCGGCGCGCGCGCGGCUGCUCUCGCAAACGAGCCUCGGCUCUAGCGUGAGCGGGCAGAGCCCGAUAGCGGGCCCGUCGACGCGCCCCGCCCUUCGCUCGAACUCGGGGCCCCCAGCAGUCAAGCCGCGCGGGGUCCCUAUGCAGCGCUCGCAGUCGGCCCUAGUCUUGCGCACGUUCCCCGGGCAGCCGAUGCCGCGACGGGGCGGGGCGUCCCUGCGGCUGCCGCCUGUGGCGGCGAUCGUGGAGGACGAGAACGGGAUCGUGGACGGGCCGGAUAUCAUCAUACAGCACCGCGACGGGGGGAUCGUGGAGGAGCUGCCGCCACCGUACUUGGACAGCUACUCGCCGCGGGCGCGGGCGAGUGCGGGCAGGAGACCAGUGCCGGGCACGCCGCGGUCGACAUCAUAG